AUGGCCGCCCGUGUCGUUCUUAUCCUUGGCUCAGGCCCCCGUAUCGGCGAUGCCGUGUCUGGGAAGUUCGCCGCAGAGGGAUACAAAGUUGCCUUUGUUUCGAGGAAGGGAACAGACUCGAUCAACGAGCAAGGCUAUCUUUCGCUCCAGACCGAUCUCGCCAACCCCGACCCCAGCCUCCUAGCUACCGUCUUCGACAAAGUCAAGAGCGAGUUCAAAGCGGCUCCUAGCGUAGUCGUAUACAACGCCGGAUUCAUUUACGCCGACCAGCGCCAAGCGGAUGGCAAGAUCGCAGGCCAAGAUGUCAGCGGGCCCGCACAUGCCGAUUUCUACACGCAGUUGGCGGCUAGCGGUGCGAAGGAUGUCCCGUGGCACGCCACGUUUGUCAAGGACAAAGGAUAUGUCAAAUUCUAG